GUUUAACCUGAAAUGCCAUUUUUGUCAACCUCCUCUCUACUUGCUCUCUCUCUGUCUGAGUAAUUCUUUCUGCAAACAAAAAUUAAAGCUUUCUAUAGAAAUUGUUGAUGGAUUCAUCAGAUGAAGAGGGUGAGAUUGUUCCAGACCGUGUCACGGAUUACCACUUCAUCAGUGACAAAGAAGAACCCAUUUCAUUUACCGUUUUGCCACUCCAAUGGAGUGAGGAUGAGAGUCUGGAUGACGUUGACAGACCUGUUUACUUGAGAGGCGUUGCUGAUGAUGGGAUUCAGAAGGUUUACAAGAGGGUCAUAGCUUGGAGGUUUGAGUUGUCCUUUGUUCAACCAGAGAUUUCCGUGCUUUCCAAGGAUAACAAAUGGUUGACACUCCAAAAGCCAAGAAAGAGCUUCGAAAAUAUUAUCAGGACGACUUUGGUAACUAUUCACUUGCUUCAUUUUGUGAAGAAGAAUCCUGAUGCAUCUUGGAAAUCUAUAUGUGCCUACUUGUUCAAAGAGCUCAGCUCAUUUGAUGUCCAACAUUCAGAGGAGGAUCUGUUGAAUCAUUUGCCAUUAAUCAGGGUAGCCAUUGAGAGGGAUAAAGAUUUAGAAAAAUCCAAGUAUCUCUUUGCUUAUAUGGAGAAGCCAACAACAAACAAAGCUUUCAAGGAGGAAAUGCAAACAAUGCAGAAACUGGAGUUUAUGAAUGAUGAUGAUUAUGGAGAUGGUGGUAAUGGAAAAAAUGAUAAUAAUGGGGAUAAUGAGCUGUACGAUCAUGUUUGUGCAAUUUGUGAUAAUGGUGGUGAAAUUCUGUGUUGUGAAGGAAGAUGCAUGAGAUCCUUUCAUGCAGCUAAAGAAGAUGGCUUUGAUACUCGUUGUGAAUCUCUUGGAUUUUUGAAGGAUCAAGUUAAAGCACUUCCUUCAUUUAUGUGCCAAAACUGUAAGCACAAGCAACAUCAAUGUUUCGUUUGUGGCAAGUUGGGCUCUUCAGAUAAAUCCCGUGGCGCAGAGGUCUUCCCUUGUGCUUGUGCAACAUGUGGCCAUUUCUAUCAUCCAGACUGUGUUGCAAAGCUGCUCCACCCAGCUAAUGUAUAUCGAGCUGAAGAGCUCCAGAAUAAAAUUGCUGCAGGGGAAUCAUUUACCUGUCCUGCCCAUAAAUGCUUUGUUUGUGAGAAAGGUGAAAAUAAGGAGGAGCAUGAAAAUCAAUUUGCAGUAUGUCGACGUUGUCCAAAGGCGUAUCACAGAAAAUGUUUGCCCAGGAGUGUUUCUUUUGAAUGUAGCAACGAUCAGAUCUUGCAAAGGGCUUGGGAUGGUCUACUUCCAAAUCGGAUCCUGAUGUACUGCAUGGAUCAUGAGAUUAUUAGAGAACUUGGGACUCCAGCUAGAGACCACUUAAAGUUUCCGACGAAGAAGGUACAGGAUUCUGCACUGCUAGCAAGCAGAGGGAAGGGUGUUGCAUCAAUGAAAAGGAAUGCUUCUGAAAUUUUGAGCACACAAGGAAGAAUAGUAAAGUUGCAGAAGCGCAUUGAGAAGGUGGGGGGUGGUAGUAUAAAUCUUGGUGGCUCCACCAAAAAUAUUCAAAAAAGAUGUGGACCAGAUUUUGAUUCUUUAAGAAAGACAACUGCAAUUCAUGCAGUUAAAAUUCCUCCAAAAGUGAAUAUUAGAUCUUCCUCUUAUUGUUCAAAGGCAUAUCCGCAUAAGUCCAUCUCCAUGCAGCAGAAAAUAGCUAGUGCCAUUGGAAGGAAAUCUGAGGAAGAGACUAUAGUUAAAAUGGCAAACAGUUCACAGUCUUCAGUUGAUCCUGAAAUGGAAAGCCGAAUCAUAAAACUUAUGGAAGAUGCAGCUUCUUCGAUCAGUUAUGAAGAAAUUAUUAAAAGUAAGAAAGGACCAACCGAAUAUGUGUAUUGUGAUAAUUCACUGGAAAAAUCCAUUACAAUGGGAAAAGUGGAGGGUUCUGUUGAGGCUAUUCGAACAGCUUUGUCAAAGCUAGAUGCAGGUGGCAGUAUUGAGGAUGCAAAAGCUGUUUGUGAAGCAGACAUUCUGUCCCAGAUUUUUAAAUGGAAGAGAAAACUUAAUGUAUAUCUUGCACCUUUUCUUCAUGGCAUGCGCUAUACAUCGUUUGGUCGUCAUUUCACAAAAGUAGACAAGCUUAAGAAGGUUGUCGACAGGCUCCACUGGUACAUGCAAGAUGGAGAUACCCUAGUUGACUUCUGCUGCGGUUCCAAUGAUUUCAGUUGUCUGAUGAAAGAAAAGCUUGAAAUAACAGGGAAGCAUUGUACAUUCAAAAAUUAUGAUAUUUUUGCACCCAAGAAUGAUUUUAAUUUUGAGAAGAGAGACUGGAUGACUGUCAACCAGGAAGAAUUACCUAAUGGUUCUCGGCUGAUCAUGGGAUUGAAUCCUCCUUUUGGAGUAAAAGCAUCUCUUGCUAACAAGUUCAUUAAAAAAGCCCAGGAGUUUAGACCAAAGCUCCUUAUUUUAAUUGUUCCAAAAGAAACCAAACGACUUGAUGAAAAAGAUGGAUACAAUUUGAUUUGGGAGGACAAAGAAAUACUCUCAGGCAAGUCAUUCUAUCUGCCUGGAUCUGUUGACAUACAUAACAAGCAACUAGAGGAUUGGAACUUGAAGGCACCACCAUUAUAUCUUUGGAGUCGUUGUGACUGGAGUAUUAGGCAUAAGGCAAUAGCAAAAGAACAAGGCCACGUAUGGAACGACCAAAGAGAACUGCAUGAAAAGGGUAACAACAUCAAAAACUAUGUUAUGAAGGAAAAUCAUACUAGUUAUAGUGACUACCCCAGUUUGUAUGCAUCUGAUGAAAUCAACCUCACGCUUGAUGAUGUACCAGAAGAUAAGAAUGAAGCUGAAGCUGAAGGAGCCGAGAGAAGGGACCAGACUGAGGGGGUGAAACAAGGAAAGUGGGAUGGUUCGACACCUUGUAAUACUGAUGGUUUUCCUGUUGACAUUGAAUGUUCUACUCCAACUGAUUCACCCGUCCAUUCUGCAAGACAACAUGAAGACGUUGAAACAUCAAAAAUGGAAGUCAUAGAAGAGGGACAUCAAGACGUACAAAAAAGCCGUUCAGGGCAUGCAUCGCAGAUUAAAUUGGACCAAGGAACUCAGACUGGUAAUCCUACUUGCAUAGACAGUAGGCCUAAUUUCUCAUCAUCCAACAAUCUUAAUCAUAGCUGGCCACACAAUUUCACCUAUCAGUCUCAUGGUCGCGCCACUGGUACCAUCUACAAUUUCAACCAAACAUCCCAUAAAGAAAGAAUGAAGGAGAUUAUUCAUGGAUUGCCAUUGAAUCACAAUCUUUCAUACCAACCUCACUUUGCACCAAAUAUGGGUUAUGGAUUUCAGCACUUCUGUUCCUCUCCACCGGAGCCUCUUCCUCCUCGUGUAGAUUAUUAUCAGACCUCCAUGGUGGGUGGAAGUGGCUACUCAGCUUCAAUUCUUCAAUCUUUUAAUCACUCUGAUCCUGAGCCUCUUCCUCCUGGUGUAGAUUAUUCAGACCCCCAUGGUGGGUGAAAGUGGCAGCUCAGCUUCCGUCCUUCAAUCUUUCAAUUACUCUGAUCCUGAGCCUCUUCCUUCCGGUGUAGAUUAUUAUCAGACCCCCAUGGUGGGUGGAAGUGGCAGCUCAGCUUCAAUUCUCUGAUCUUUCAAUCACUCUGAUCCUGGAAACCCUGCUUCUCAACCUAAAAGCUACAUUAGCUGACCAAAUUUGACCAUGCUGACUUACCCAGAUGUUCUUAUAAUUUGAAUAUAAUAUCUAGGAGCAGUCUUUAGCUUGUACUGCCACAACAACUGCCGGAAACAAUAUCAUUGUUAAUUCCUUUGCAACCUAUAUAACCUCUGAAAAGGACCACAUUAUAUAUAGUACACAUUCCAUGUCAAGUUCUACCAUCUGAUCUUUAUUUGGUCUUGGUUUUUGAAGUAAUUUUUUUUUUUUUUUUUUUUUUUUGGGUGGGGUUAUUGUAUACGAAUUCUGAGGAGUAGUUUAUUGCUUGUUAGAUCCGACCCCUACUGUACAUAUGACCGUUACCCAUCUGUGCAA